AAGACAGCACAAAAGUUGUAACAUACAUGUGCUCUAAUUUUUUCUUUCUUCCCUUUCUCUUUUCAGCUCGUGCGUGCCUUCAUUGUCAAUACGUAAAUUCCAAUUGAGUUUGUCCAGACUUUCGUGUCUCAUCUGGGAAAGGGAGUUGUGGAAAAAUCUGGGAUACUGAAACAUCAAUCAAGAUGAAUGCAAAGCAGAUACGACAAGCUUACAUUGACUUUUUCAAAAGUAAGGGUCAUGAAUAUGUGCAUUCAAGUUCAACGAUACCUCAUGAUGACCCAACUUUACUCUUUACGAAUGCUGGAAUGAAUCAGUUUAAGCCAAUAUUCUUGGGAACAGUUGAUCCUAAUAGUGAUAUGGCAAAAUGGGUGCGUGUGGUCAACAGUCAAAAAUGUAUUAGAGCUGGUGGCAAACACAAUGAUCUAGAUGAUGUUGGUAAAGACGUUUAUCAUCAUACUUUCUUUGAAAUGAUGGGAAAUUGGUCCUUUGGAGAUUACUUUAAGAAAGAAAUAUGUGCUUGGGCCUGGGAAUUUUUAACAGAUGUAUUGAAAUUACCAGCUGAUAGAUUAUAUGUGACUUAUUUUGGUGGUGAUGAGAAGAAUGGAUUAGCACCAGAUGAUGAGUGCAAAAACUUAUGGCUUUCCCUUGGAGUAUCUGCCUCGCAUGUUCUACCAGGCAACAUGAAAGAUAAUUUUUGGGAAAUGGGUGAAACUGGACCCUGUGGACCAUGUAGUGAAUUACAUUUUGAUCGUAUCGGUGGUAGAGAAGCAGCUCAUCUUGUAAAUAUGGAUGAUCCUGAUGUAUUGGAAAUUUGGAAUCUCGUGUUUAUACAAUACAAUAGAGAAUCAGAUGGAAGUCUGAAAUCGUUACCAAAAAAGCAUAUAGAUUGUGGCUUGGGCUUGGAACGAUUGGUAUCUGUAAUUCAGAAUAAACGUGCUAAUUAUGAUACUGAUUUAUUCAUGCCUCUGUUUGCUGCAAUUGAAAAGGGUACAGGUGCCCCAUCUUAUCAAGGUAAAACAGGAGCUGAUGAUGUUAAUGGAAUCGAUAUGGCAUACAGAGUUCUGGCUGAUCAUGCUCGAACUAUCACUAUUGCUCUAGCGGAUGGAGGAAUGCCUGAUAAUACUGGUAGAGGAUAUGUCUUGAGAAGAAUUUUAAGACGUGCUGUACGUUAUGCUACCGAAAAAUUGAACGCUAAGCCUGGAUUCUUUAGCUCUCUUGUAAAUGUAGUUGUGGAUCUUCUCGGGGAAGUUUUUCCAGAAGUAACAAAAGAUCCACAAAGUAUAAUUGAUAUCGUGAAUGAGGAAGAAGCUCAAUUUUUGAAAACUUUGUUGCGCGGUCGUAAUUUGCUAAAUAGAACAAUAGCGAAGUUAGAAUCGAACGAUACUGUACCAGGUGACGUCGCAUGGCGAUUGUAUGAUACUUACGGUUUUCCGAUAGAUCUCACUCAGCUAAUGGCUGAGGAAAAAGGAUUGAAAAUCGAUAUGACAGGUUACGAAGAAUCUAAAAAACAAGCGCAGUUAAUUUCUCAAAAUAAAGCCGGUGGAGUGGACGAUCAAAUUAAUUUGGAUAUCCAUGCCAUCACUGAAUUGCAAAAACAUAAUAUCAAACCUACAGACGAUUCUCCGAAAUAUAAUUAUAAGGUGAUCAGUUCGGUCAAAUACAAUGAAUAUGAAUUUGCGCCAUGUAUCGGUACUGUAAUCGCACUGAGACAUGCCAAAACUUUCGUCGAUCAAGUAACUUCUGGUCAAGAAGUUGGAAUUUUAUUGGAUAAAACGAAUUUUUACGCGGAACAGGGAGGACAGAUAUACGACGAAGGAUUUUUAGUGAAAGUCAACGAUGAGGCUACAGAGAUUCGGGUGAAGAACGUUCAAGUUAGAGCUGGUUAUGUCCUGCACAUCGGUACCGUAGGCGAGGGUACGUUGAAGAAAGGAGAUAAAGUUCACACGAAUGUGGAUACGGCACGUAGACGAUUUGUAAUGUCUAAUCAUAGCGCCACACACGUCCUUAAUUAUUCCCUUAGGAAAGUUCUGGGAACAGCAGCCGAUCAAAAGGGAUCAUUAGUUGCACCCGAUAGACUUCGUUUCGAUUUUACAAACAAAGGACCGAUGACAGCGGAACAAGUAAAGAAUACGGAAAUUAUCACCGCUGUUAUGGUCAAACAAAAUAAAAAAAUUUAUGCUAAGGAAAGUAAUUUAGCUUUAGCGAAAAGUAUUCAGGGUUUGCGUGCAAUGUUCGAAGAAACAUAUCCCGAUCCAGUACGCGUUAUUAGUAUGGGUAUACCUAUUGAGGAUCUAGAAAAGAAUCCUUUAAGUACAGCCGCCCUUAAAACUAGCGUGGAAUUUUGUGGUGGAACACAUUUGCAUUACACCAGUCAUAUAGGUGACUUUAUAAUAGCUAGCGAAGAAGCUAUUGCUAAAGGUAUCAGGCGCAUAGUGGCGCUCACUGGACCAGAAGCAGCAAAAGCUUUUAGAACAGCAACGUUGUUGCAAAAUCAAUUAUCUCAGCUUCAAAAGACGAUUGAAACCGACAAGUCUGGAACAAAUUCCAAGGAAUAUGUGAAGAAGAUAGUAGAAUUGACAGAUGAAAUAACGCAUGCCGUUAUUUCUGGUUGGAGGAAGGAUAACAUGCGUGCUACAUUAAAACAAUUAAAGAAGUCUCUCGACGAUAAGGAGCGAGCAGCAAAGGCAACUAUCGCUAACACGGUUGUAGAAACUGCUCAAUCUAUAAUACAGUCCAGAGUUGGAUGUCAAGUAUUAGUCGAGGUAUUGGAAGCAUAUAGUAAUACGAAAGCUCUGGAUUCAGCAUUGAAAAAAAUUAGAGUUUUAUCACCGGAAACUAGCGCCUUGCUUAUAAGCAUCGAUUGCGAUGUUAAAAAGAUAUUUGCUCUCAGCUCCGUGCCAAAGUCUGCAGUUUCCAAAGGACUGAAAGCAAACGAAUGGAUCCAAGCAAUCGCGCCUAUGAUGCAAGGAAAAGGAGGCGGAAAACCUGAAUCUGCCCAAGCUUCCGGGACUAAUAUAACAUGUUUGAACGAAAUAGUAAACAAGGCCAAUGAAUUUGCCAGGAAAAAACUUGGGAUUACAGAUAAUAUCGUUAACGAUACUUGUAAGACUUCGAAAAAUGAUGCUCAUUUAUUUGAUACGGACUCUUCAUCAAAAUUGAUACUUUACGCGAAUGUUGAGAGUGUUAAAUGUUAUUAUUUACAAAUAAUCGCGCAAUAUAGCGGCAAAUGUUUAACUAUUAAACAAAUCGAAAAUGAUGAAACACAUUCUAGCAAUGUAAUAUUAAAAGCAGCAAAUGUCACAUUAUACGAUAGCAAUGCUAUUGCAUUCUUUUUAUCAAAUUCGCUGCUACGGCGCGAAGAUGAUUUGUUCGCAUCCAGCCAGGUUUUGCAAUGGAUGAAUUAUUCACAAAAUCAUAUUUUACCAGCAGUCAGUGGUUGGUUGCUUCCAUCACUCACUAACAUUUCCGUUUCAAAAGAUAUAAAAGCAAACGCAAAGGUUUCUAAAGAAGAUCUUCUUUAUACUUUAAAAACGUUGGACAACACACUGCAUACAAGAACGUACUUGAUAGGAGAAAGAAUCAGUCUUGCAGAUAUAUCAGUUUUUAUCGCACUAUUGCCUUUAUACGAAAAUUUAUUAGACCCACAUCAUAGAAAGCAAUACACGAAUUUAAAUAGGUGGUUUUCUACAAUUUUGAAUCAGCCGCCAGUAAAAAGUGUAGUAAAGAAUUUUACAUUUUGCACAAAAGCUAUUAAUUAUUAAUAGCAGUUAACUAUUGUAAAAAAAUAUUUACACAUUUUGUACUAAAAUGCGAUUUAUUGCAUUAUGCGAGAACAUUGUCGUUUUCUUCCGAUGUGUUGCUUUUAAGAUUAUCAUACAAUAUCCUAAUCUCUUUUAAUAAAGUGGAGACGUUGGUUCCCAGCUUGGCAGAGACAGGAAUUAUUGGUAGAUCUACAUAUUUCUUGAGUAAUUGUAAAUUAAUCUGAAAUAUAAAUUGCAACUAUAUUGUAAAAA